UUAUCCUCGUUCAUUUCCUGAAAACAAGUUUGUUAUCAUUUUUCCUUUUCAUACUUGAGUGACUCAUGGAUUCUCUGUCGCUCUGUCAUGCGUACCGUAUAAAUACUGGUUUACAGGGACAUGUCUUCUGUGUAGACCACCUUAGCAUCUGGAGAUCUUGGAGACGUUGCUACUCAGUUUUCUUUCCAUAUUUUGGCUUUUCGCAUUGAAGCCCACCUGGCUUGCUCGAUCAAUCAUGCUUUUCACCUGUUUUUUCAUGUUUUUCGCUCUGUUUCCUUCUCUUCAUUGGUGUAUGUAUGUUCCUGUUCAGAACGUGCUUCUGCCUUUCAGCACGCAAGUCAGGGAAUGCCUGCUCUACACAGAGAACAGAAAGCAUGGGCUGUUCCUUGAAAUGAAACCCGACGGCUCCGUCAGAGGGUCUCCGGUGCAAAAGCGCAACUGUGUGCUAAACCUGCGUUCAGUAAAAGCAGGGGAGACGGUUAUCCAGAGUUCAGAUACAUCUCUCUUCCUCUGCGUGGAUGAUGAAGACAACUUGAAAGGACAGCCGCAUUACUCUGAAGCAGACUGCACCUUUCAGGAAUUGCUGCUGGCGGACGGAUAUUCUUUCUUCCUUUCUCCACACACUAAGCUUCCUGUGUCGCUCCUCACAAAGCAGUCUGGGCAGAAACACGGUGCUCCACUUUCUCGGUUCCUCCCCGUUAUGAACACUCAGUUGGCAAUGGCGGGGAAAGGAGAGGACAGCCAGAUACAGGAGGUGAAACAGUAUAUUAAGGACAUAAACUUGGACUCCGACGACCCGCUAGGAAUAGGACAUCAGUCACACAUACAGACUGUCUUCAGUCCCAGUCUGCAUACUAAGAAAUGA